ACGAACCUAAUAGUACUUCACAUUUUAGUAUAAAUAUCACCAUUCGUCUUUAAACCUUCAGCAAGUUAACUUUCAAGUUUUUUUUUAAAUUAAAUUUUUUAAAAAAAUCAUGGAUAAGGCAAAGUUGUAUUCAAAACAUAAUGAGGAGCAGACCCAAAGUGCCAAGAAGUUUUUUAAAUAUUUUGGGGAAUUUUUGAGAGAAAAGUUUGGAAAAAAUUCAGUAACAAUAAUUGAUAUCGGGACUGGAUGUGGACGUGUCUUGGUUGAAAUAUUUAUGACAGAAAGUCAAUUGAAUUUCUCUAAAGUUGUUGGAGUUGAUAAGAGUCAGGCAAUGGUAGAUCUUGCUAUUAAAACAUAUGGAAAUGAUCACAUUUACUUCCAUUUAAUGGAUAUUCAAGAGAGCAUUCCAAGACCUAUGAAAUUUCCAGAAUUUGAUAUUGUUUCAUCUUUCUACUGUCUUCAUUGGGUUCAAGACUUGCCAUUAGCAUUUGUAAAAAUUAAGAAUUUUUUGAAAUCUGAUGGAAUUUUCUGCUGCGUCUUUAUUCUUACUCAUAUUUUAAUUGAUAUUUGGAAUGAACUGAUCGACAAGUACUCACCUUAUAUGAACAAUUGGAGAGGUAAUUUCAACUACAUAUGCUACCUUGAAAAUGCUGACGAAAUAAUAAAGAAAAUGCUACGGGAAAGUGGAAUUGAAAUAAUCAAGUUUAUUGAUGAAAAGAACGACAUGUUUAAUUUUGGCACCAAAGAAUUCUUUACAGCAUCAUUGGAAGCUGUCAAUCCUUGCUUGAAGCUAAUGCCUGAACAGCUUAAAAAUGAAUUCCUUCAUGAUCAACUCGAUGUGCUCUACAACCUACAAAAAGGAAAGGAAAAUCCAUUUGAUGUAAAACGAAGAAUUUUCUAUUUUGUUGGAAGAAAAAACCUAAAUUCGAAUAUUAUUGAAUAAAAAUUUUAUGAUUGAAAACUUUGAGAAUUUCGUUAUUUUAUUAAAAGCACGUU